AUGUCUGGCUUGUGGUUUCUCGUUGAAUGGGUGGACGAACGCACUGUAUUUUCCAAUUAUAGUGUCGUGAAUGUAUCGUGUUUAGUAGGAGAUGACAAUGAAGUACAUACUGGGAAAAUUGUUCUUUUACGCGAUAGGCACAGCGGCAUGCCUAGAAGGGGGCAGUUGCUUCGGAUAUCAGAAACGAAGCGAUGCUUGAAAGAAAUGAAAGUAAUGCUGGAAAGGCAAGACAAUCAGGUAAAAAACGUGGUAUCAAUGUGCAUGAGCACAAUGAAAGAUAUGAAAACGAGAACAAUGUACUCCCCACAAGCCAGUCUCCCGCAGGAGAGGGGACGUGUACUUGAUACCACCGAUAGCGAAACGGACCCUGAGAUUAACCCUGAAUUGAACUUUACUCAAUCUACAAUUAAAUUCAAUGCGCAACAACAAACUGGCCCCGAAUCGUUCGGGAAUACCCAAUUGAUUCGUACUCUUCAAGAGAAAUGCGUCCAAAGGCGUCGUUCGCUGGUCAGCAGCACUCCUCUACCGCCACAGCAUGCUGACAAUAACAUACUGACCUUUGACCAAGCAACCCAGACGGACGAAUAUGAAUCACCAGCUGAAAAAAUAAGGGAAAUGAACAUUGUUGUACGGCAUUUGUACAAAAAAUUCUUGGACUUAACCGCGCAAGUAGAACUCAAGGAGGCUGAGGCGGCCCGUCGUCGACGCGAAAUGUAUCCGGAAAUAGAGAUUGUACCGAUUGGAGAAGAUAUUAACGAGUCCAUUAUUUCUAAUGGAGCUCAAGAAGAUAACGCCAUCGCAGACGGAUUAAAAGUGAGGAGAGCUUCGGCCCAAACCACGAACGCUGCUGGUGCCGACGGGAUGCCAGCUGAGCAAAACUUUGAUAUGGUAUCCAUCGGUAGCGGUAAUGUUGUAGUGCCAGCUCGUCUGUUGGAGGAAAUUGAUUGGACAUCGUACACCUCGGCAACUAGACAAUUGCUACAAGCUGUAUUUCCCAGAAGAGUAUUAGCAACGCACUCCUUGACCGGUAAGCCAUCGCCAGCGUUUGCGGACAAGCCUGCAAAGAAAUGUCUUGACCCUAACAUGGUGGACGACAUAGUAACAUUGGUUUCUGAGAGAUGUGUAGUUCCCAAGAGAGUUGUUAGAAGCUGCAUUACUACUAAGUGCACUGACGAAGCGAAACUUUAUCGCAAUCGUCAGAUGCUUAAGAAAAUUCGUCAACAACAGAAUCAAGAGAAUGUUCCACCAUCUCCUGCCUCUUCUAACGAAUGUUCUAACACAGCAGAAUGA